UACCCAACCACGAAAAUUCAUUUCUUUCACCAACCAAACCUCUAUUCUUCAACUCUUCGCCCACAAACCUUUACCUCUGUUUCUUAGGGUAUUUUUACAGGUUAUGACACCGUGAAACAUCCCAUUUGCGUCGUCCUUGGUUCUGAAAUCUAUUGGAAGUAUGGAUAGCAAUGGAUCUGUGGUGAUACACUUUGAACAUGGUGUAGACCGACAUAUUUCUACUUUGGUGAUGAAAGGAAGAUAUGAGGAGAUUACUUAUUCCCACUUGGUUGAUAGAAUAGGCAAAAAACUGAAGAUUGAUGUAGAUGCCACCAAGCUUCAACUGAGUUACUUUCCGCUGGUCUUGAAUAAUAAAAAUUCUUAUUAUAUCUUGGAUGAUGAAGAUGUUUUAGGAUAUUUGAUGAUGGUAGAUAAGAAGAACCGACGUUGUGUCUUGCAUGUGGAACUUACCAAAAUCGUCUCAGAAAAUCAGAGCAACGAGAUGUUUUCUAUGAAUGAGGAAAAUCUGAGUGAUGCCAGAGCUAAUGAUGGCAUGGUUGGAGUUGGAGAGUUGGAAAUUGUUCCUCAUAUUCAGGAGGAUGAGUUUGAGCAUGAGAAAAUCAGUGAAGAGGGUGAUGAAAUGGAUGAUAGGGAGGAGUUGCCGGCUGUUACAACAGUUGAACCUCCUGUUGUCAAUUCAGAAUGGGAUGAUGGCAUUGAUAUUAGUCUUCAUCAAGAAUUUGCGACUAGAGAAGAAGUGAGGGAUUUAGUGGACAAAGGUGUGCAUUCCAAUUGUUUUGAGGUUGAUAUACAGAAGUCGAAUCCUCGGGUUUACAUAUUGAAAUGUCGUGGGGCUGGAUGCAGAUGGUAUUUACGAGCUCCAAAGCUGAAGAACUCUGAUUUUUUCUCUAUCAGAACGUAUAGAAAGAUUCAUACGUGCUCUCGUGGAGAUGCAAGUGUCAUGAAGAAGAAGAAAAUAGGCACGCCAAGCUUGGUCGCAUCAGUGGUGCACUCUGAUUAUCCCGGCAAAUACAAGACUCCGGAUCCAAAGACUCUCAUAGAUUUGGUGCAGAACAAGCUGGGUGUUAAAGUUUCAUAUUCUAUGGCUUUGAGAGGGAAAAUAAAGCUUUGAGUGAUUUGCGUGGUAACCCGGAGGAGAGUUUUGCUAGGCUGCCAUCUUACUUGUACAUGUUACAAAGGAUGAAUCCUGAUACCAUUACACGAUUAGAAGUGGAUGAGAAGAACCAGUUUAAGUAUAUGUUCUUUGCGCUUGGAGCUUGCAUCGAAGGGUUCAAGGCGAUUAGGCAAGUGAUAAUAAUGGAUGGAACUCACCUGAAGGGUGUGUACAAAGGAGUGCUUCUCAUUGCCACUGCUCAAGAUCCAGAUCAUCAUCAUUAUCCCCUUGCUUUUGCAGUAGUAGAUGGUGAGAAAAAUGCAAGCUGGGAGUGGUUUUUAACUAUAUUAAAAACUUUGAUAUCAGAUGAUCCUCAGCUUGUAUUUUGUACUGAUAGAAACCAAAGCAUCAUCAAGAAAGUACACGAGGUAUACCCAUUGGCGAUCCAUGGAUAUUGCAAUUAUCACUUGUCUAAUAAUGUCAGCGGAGCUUGCAGCAAUGUUAACAAGAAAGGGGUUGCCAAAAAAUUUAGAAGUAUUGCUGGUAUUUACAGUGAGGUGGAGUUCAUCAAAUGCUACAACGAUUUCAUGAAAAUGUAUCCUCAAGCAGCCGAGUAUCUAGAUGACAGUGUUCAUGAGACAAAAUGGGCAAGAUGCAAAUUUCCGGGAGAAAGGUACAACAUAGACACAACCAACACUGUUGAAUCUAUCAAUGGUGUUUUGAAGGAACCAAGGAAAUAUGCGUUGUUGCCAAUGCUUGAUGUGAUCGUGGAAAAGAUAACAGAAUGGUUCAACAAAUACCGUCUAUUAUCUCUACGCGUACCAGAGAGGCAGAUACUAAUCCCACAUGUGCAUGGGAUAUUGCAUCACAUAUAUCCUACGGCUAAAAAGCUGAAGGUGACCGAGCUAAAUACAUUUGAAGGUCACUACAAUGUGCUUGGCGAGGAUGGUCAUGGUUAUUUAGUUGAUCUGAGCAACAAAACAUGCUAUUGUAGGUGUUUUGAUAUUGAUCGGUAUCCUUGUGUGCAUGCACUUGCUGCCAUCAUGGCGCGUGGAGAAAUGGCUGAACAUUAUUGUUCUAGGUAUUACUGGAUGGAGCAGUAGACUUUGGCAUAUUACAGGACAAUAUAUCCAGUGCCUCAUCAUUCAACAUGGGAAAGUUCUGAAAUUCCUGAGGAAAUCCGAUAUCAGGUUGUCCUCCCUCCGUAUGUGGAGAAAAAAAAAGGAAGACUACAAGUUACUAGAUUUCCAUCUGCCGGAGAAUAUCGGAGGAAGAGAAAGAAGAAGUUUCCACCAUUGAUUGGUGAAAACGAAGAAAGUGGCAGUGAUGGCAGUGACAGUGAUAGCAGUGGUAGUGACAGCAGUGACAGAAGUGGAAAUGGGAACGAAGGAGGUGACAACGAAGGAAGUGGUAACGAAAAAAAUGAUGAAUGAGUCUCAUUUGUGUUGUAGAAUUUAUUUGUGUGUUGUGGAGUAUCUAAUUGGAACACCGUUUACCCCAAACCAAGCUUGUCGCUCCUUUCGUGUAUGCAUACAACGAAGUAGCAACAUCCACAAUCCCUGAACCUUUCUUUUCUCGCAACAAUCCAUGUGGAAUAAAUGCUUGAACUGAGGGUGAUUCUCAAACCAACUCUUCUCUGACUCCUUAAAGUCUUUAAUCGUCUCAAGAAAAUCGUGUUGGUGGCACCUUGAGGAGAGCUUGCAAGCCGUCCAAUAAUCACUCGGCUUGAAGAAAAAAACCAACAGGUCUCAUUGGUUCUACGGCCAUAUUCUCCUCCCCAGCCUGAAGACACAAAUAAGAACACUAAAUACACUGAAUAAAUAUCCGAGUUACACAACACAAAAUCACUUAGUUGUACCAGUUAAAUUAGUUGUACUAAAAAUAAUAUUACUAGUUGUACUAGUAAACCUAGUUAUACGAUAUUUGUUAAACCAGUUAUACAUCAAUAAAACCAUAUACUUAAACAAUACUCAGUUUAAUUAGUUAACCUAGUUAUAUUGUUAAUAGUUGUAUCACUUACCAGUUGCAUCAUUUUUCACUCUUUUAGUUAUACUAAUUAUACGAUACUCAGUUGUAUAAGUUAAACUAGUUAUACUUUUCAUAGUUGUACCAGUUAUAAAUUCCACUGAAUAUGUUUUACAACAUAUUAUUACCAGUUGAACUAGUUUCAUUCUUUUAUUUGUUAGUUCAACUCUAUGAUAAAUAUUUCUAAAACCAUUUCAAGUUGAUGAUGUUAGGAGUUUUCAAGGCUCCUAAGACAAAUGUUGUAGUAUAAAAGAUUGUCGAACCAGUUCUGAGGGAUAUCAAAGCACCGAGAAUGCAAGUACUCACUUAAUCUAAGUGCAACCAAUGAUUUGGAUGGAUUUUAAGCUAUGACUAAAACUAAAAAGCAAUAACAGAAUGAUAC